GGGGGCGGAGUCCAGAGAGUGUAGAGACUCCAGCAACAUGGCGGCGUGCAGCGUGGACGAGCUGCUGGCUAAAGCCGAACAGGACGAGGCGAACAAACUGAGAUCCAUCAGCGUCCACAAAGACCUAGAGCUGGAGUUCGAUGUGGGAAACCUGCUGGCGCUCGACAGUAACCGCAUUGACUGCCGGGAGUUCAGGCAGCAGAAGAAAGAGGACUUCCUGCGCGCGCUAGCUCGAGACAACACGCAGCUGCUCAUCAACGAGGUGUGGAAACGACCCACCGAGCGCGUCCAGGAGGUGAUCGUGGCCACGCUGCCGGAGCCGGUGACCCCGCUGCCCCGAGAGAAACCUCCUCCCAAAGCCAGACCUCCCACCAAGUGGGAGCAGUUCGCCAAACUAAAGGGCAUCCAGAAGAAGAAGAAGACCAGCCUGGUGUGGGACGGCGUGGCCAAGGAGUGGAGGAGGCGCUGGGGCUACAAACGGGCCAACGAUGACACCAAAAACUGGCUGAUCGAGGUUCCGGAGCGCGCCGACCCUGACGAGGACCAGUUCGCCAAACGCGUCAAAGCCAAGAAGGAGCGCGUGGCCAAGAACGAGCUGAACCGGCUCAGGAACAUCGCCAGGGCGCACAAGGUCCGAGCGCCGGGCGUGGGCCUGCUGCCCACGGCCACGCAGUCCAAAGAGCAGCUGGCCAGAGCCGUGAGCGUGGCGAGAACUUCCACGGCGUCCGUGGGCAAGUUCCAGGAGCGCGUGGCCAAAGAGAAGCCCCCGAAGAACAGCGGCAAGAGGAGGAAGUUCGAGCCGCUGAUCGGGGACUUCUCCAGGGAGAAGCAGAAGCAGCUGGACCUGCUGACCACCCUGGACAGCAAAAAACCCAGGAUGGACCUCACCAAGGCUGUGAACAAACAGAUGAGGGAGGAGGACAGAGAGGAGGCCGCCGCCAAGCGGAGGAAGGGAGGAGGCAAGAAAGGACGGAGGAGCAGCAUGUCGGACAAAGGUGCGAAAGGAAAAGCUGGAAAGGGCAAAACUGCAAAAGGAAAAGCUGGCGGAGGGAAGCGAUCCAAACACGGGAAGCGGUGAAAUGUUCUGUCUGUGGACGUGAAAUUAAAAAGCAUUAUUUCACGUGAAAUAACUUUUUUUUAAAAAGAGGAGACGUUUAAAAAAAACAUGGCAAACUGGCAGCCCAGGGGCCUGAUGAGGCCCUGUUUUGUGUCCACUCUGGCCCUCAGACAUAAAAACUAAAAUGUUCCUAUCAGGAUGUGAUUAACGUGUACAUCAACAUGCACUCACUGUACUGCUGUAAUCAGAUUCCUU